GUGGCAUCGGGUGGCGUUCAGCGUCAGCAAGCAGCAGGUGACCCUGGUCCUCGACUGCAAGAAGAAAGCCACCGUGCCGCUGCCUCGGGGGAACAAGCCGGCGGUGGACACAGCAGGCGUCACCAUCUUUGGGGCCCAGAUCCUGGACGAGGGGAUCUUUGAGGGAGAUAUCCAGCAGCUGCUGAUCUCCUCCAGCGCCCAGGCUGCCUAUGACUACUGCGAGCGCUACAGUCCGGACUGCGGGGGCCCCCCCCAAAAGCUCCAAAUCCAGCAGGCUCAGCAGAGGCCCCCCAGGGCUGAGACGCCAGCCAAGGCAAAGCCCCUCACCAGCGCCAGGCCAAAGCAGCCCCAGAAGCGCCAGCUGCCCAGCACGUCACUUGCCGCUGUUCAGGCCGGAGCCCCGGAGGGGAGGCAUCCUGGCGGUCCCAAGAGCCCCCGCAGUGGGAAAGCACUCGGCAGCGGGAAGGACUCUGGUGGCGGGAAGCCCCCCAGCAGGAGCAGCUCCAGUGCCAAGCCAACGUCGGGUGGCAAGGGCUCUGCGCUGAAAAAGGCCGGGGGCCAGGCACACGCCGGUUCUGGUGCAGCCCGGGGCCCGAGAAGCAGCUACCAGCAGGACGUGGGUCCUCUUUCCACCGAGCAGCCCCGAGGGACUCAUGAACACCCCGGCCAUACCCCGCCGCCUGAGGCUGCUUCCCGGAAGAGGGUCCCCCCAGGGGAGGCCUCGCCUCCUGUUCCCUUGUCACCACGGGCGGAGGAGGAGGCACCCGGCCUGCAGGCGACCGAGGAGGAGGUGUUCAUGGAGGAGGGCGUGCCAGGCGUGGGUCUGGACCACGGAUACGUCGAUCCGAACCCCAGCGAGAUGGGCCCCGUGCGUUCAGCCCAGACCCCGUACGGCGAAGUUGCAAUGCGCGGAGCCCGAGGCUUGAAGGGAGAGAAAGGCGAACCGGCUGUCUUCGAGCCUGGGAUGAUAGUGGCGGGCCCCCCCGGCUCCGAAGGACCCCCGGGCAUCAGCGGGCCGCCCGGCACCCAGGGAACCCCCGGACCUCCCGGUGACCCCGGGGAGAGGGGUCCCCCCGGACGGCCCGGGUUCCCUGGGUCAGACGGACGCCCGGGUCCCCCCGGCACCUCCAUGAUGCUUCCGUUCCGUUUCGGGAGCACCGGGGGCCAGAAGGGACCCGUCGCGAUGGCGCAGGAGGCGCAGGCCCAGGCGUUCCUGCAGCAGGCCCGCCUGGCCUUGCGUGGCCCUCCAGGACCGAUGGGGUACACCGGCCGCCCUGGGCCCAUGGGUCAAGCCGGAGGUCCCGGCGUGAAGGGAGAGCCUGGAGAUUUUGGCCCCCAGGGGCUCCGGGGGCCACAGGGACUGACUGGCCCCCCAGGAAAGCCCGGCCGCCGAGGCCGGGCUGGCGCAGACGGGGCACGUGGGAUGCCUGGAGAGGCCGGCCCAAAGGGCGAUCGGGGCUUCGACGGGCUGCCCGGCCUUCCGGGGGACAAAGGUUACAGGGGUGACCCCGGCGCACAAGGCGUCUCUGGACCCCCAGGAGAAGACGGCGAGAGGGGAGACGAUGGUGAAAUAGGGCCGCGCGGCCUUCCCGGAGAACCGGGACCGCGAGGUUUGCUGGGCCCCAAAGGGCCCCCAGGGAUCCUGGGGCCACAGGGCGUGCGUGGCGUGGAUGGCCCCCACGGGCCAAAGGGCAGUCUGGGUCCGCAAGGGGAACCAGGCCCCCCUGGCCAGCAGGGGACUCCCGGGACUCAGGGCUUGCCGGGACCGCAAGGCGCCAUGGGCCCCCCCGGGGAAAAGGGCCCCCGAGGGAAACCCGGCCUUCCAGGGAUGCCCGGCUCUGAUGGCCCCCCGGGCCAUCCGGGCAGAGAAGGCCUUCUGGGCACCAAAGGCAACCCGGGCCCCUCUGGCCCCCAAGGUCUGGUGGGCUACCCAGGUCCUCGUGGAGCAAAGGGUGCUGACGGUGUCCGUGGGUUGAAAGGGCAAAAAGGCGAGAAGGGUGAAGAAGGAUUUCCGGGCGUCAAGGGUGACGUGGGGUUGAAAGGCGACCGGGGCGAGGUGGGCGUCCCGGGGCCCCGCGGGGAAGAUGGACCCGAAGGCUCCAAGGGGCGGACUGGCCCACAUGGAGAUUCCGGCCCUUCUGGACUUGUGGGUGAGAAGGGCAAACUGGGGGUGCCGGGUCUCCCCGGAUAUCCCGGCCGACAAGGCCUCAAGGUGAGUAGGAGCUGG